AUGUCGGCACGUGUGGGGACACCGCCACGAGCCGCGCAGCAGGCCGAGGGGAAGAGCAAAGGAUGGAAUAAACCGGAGAUUCUUCUACUGGAAGCGGCGGAGCAAAGCCCACCUUUGGAAAACAACUUGCCGAUCACUGGAACCACGGCCACGUGGUAUGACGAUUUGCUGCCCGAUGCCUUCCCUCUGCUCAACCCUGACACUGUGUUGCGGAAAGCAGGGGGAUCUGUUGAGCCCAAAGGACGCAGAGGUGCAGAGGAACAGCUAAUACCACAGAGCCUGCCAGGACAGGUGGGGCCUCCAGGCCCAGUUGGACCGACUGGUCUCCCAGGACCGCCAGGGCCGAAAGGCGAGAAGGGACAACCCGGCGAGAGGGGCCCGGCAGGCCCACCAGGACUGCUGGGACCUCAAGGGCCAAGAGGACUUCCAGGAGAAACUGGGAUCCCUGGUCCCCCAGGUCCUCCAGGACCACCAGCCACCCCAAGCCUUCCUCUUACCUUCCAACAAGGGGUCCUCUACUCGCUGCAGCCUACAGCUGAGAAAGAAAAUGGAGAACCUCAACUGGCUUCUACCGUUAUAGACACCAUCAUGGCUGGCUUGCCAGGACCACGGGGAGCCCCUGGCCCGGUCGGGCCACCAGGGCCACCAGGUGCAUCAGGACCCAAAGGGCCGCCGGGACCUAUCGGAGCCCCUGGACUGCAAGGUUUGCCAGGCUCUCCAGGACAACCUGGGCCAAAAGGUUCCAAGGGAGACCGAGGAGAGAGAGGGCAAGCAGGUCUGACUGGAGAGAGGGGCAUUAAGGGAUUUCCUGGUGAACCAGGCAAGAAGGGUGAGGAAGGUGAUAAAGGUGCCGAUGGAGAAGGUGUUCAGCAACUUAGAGAAGCUCUGAAGAUUUUGGCCGAGAGGGUAUUAAUUCUUGAGCACAUGAUAGGAAUUCAUGACUCUUUAUCUUCCAUUGAGCCAGGCUCUGGACAAGACGUGAUCCCCGGCUCCCCGCUGCAAACCAGCAUCAAGAUCAAGCGUGGAGGACCACAGCAGCUGCAGCCCUAUCAGAUCCUCUCUUCACUGCUAGAUGACAGUGAAGCAAGAAGGAGAAGCAGUCGAAUGAAGUAGAAGCACCUACGUGUCCUUCAAGCCUGCUCACCAGUUAAAGAUACAGUAUCCUAUGCUUAAUUGCAAAGUGCAAAUGAAGAGGGUAAGAGGCUGCAGCAUUGGCAGCCAGGUUUCUUUACCUGAUCAACACUAAGCCCUUAUUACAAGGAAUGUCUUAGCCAUAGCUCAGAGAGGGUCUUACAAACAUUUUUCUUGAUUUUAUUAUUUUUUUUUUGUCUUUGGAAUACCACUUGGCAGGUGUCCUCAGAAGCUGUCUACAGAAAUGACACCACCUGACUGUGACCAAUGGUUUUAUCCUC